AUGCCUCCAAAGUUCGACCCAUCCGAAGUCAAAUUCCUUUACUUGAGAGCCGUCGGUGGUGAAGUUGGUGCUUCAUCCGCAUUGGCACCAAAGAUUGGUCCAUUAGGUUUGUCACCAAAGAAGGUUGGUGAAGAUAUUGCCAAGGCCACCAAGGAUUUCAAAGGUAUCAAAGUUACCGUUCAGUUAAGAAUCCAAAACAGACAAGCCACUGCCUCCGUCGUGCCAUCCGCUUCAUCUUUGGUCAUCACUGCCUUGAAAGAACCAGUUAGAGACAGAAAGAAGGAGAAGAACGUUAAGCACUCUGGUAACAUUCCAUUGGACGAAAUCUACGAAAUCGCCAGAAAGAUGCAAGAAAAGUCCUUUGGUAAGAACUUGGCUUCAGUAGCCAAGGAGAUCUUGGGUACUGCUCAAUCUGUUGGAUGCCGUGUUGAUGGUAAGAACCCUCACGAUAUCAUUGACGCUAUAAAUGCUGGAGAAAUUGACGUACCUGCCAAGUAA